AUGAGUAAUAAGAGCAACAGCGUGAGGGACCAGAAACCCUCAAAAAUCCUUAAGAAGCAACAGCAAGUAACCCCUGAAAUAAUGGCAUCAGCAAUUGACAUGGAAGUGCUGAAGAAGAAUUCGCCGCUGCACCAUCCUGGCACUUCGCCAAGGUUACACAGGGCCUUGACAAAACCACGUAGCACUGAACGGGGGAACUGUCUUUGCUCACCAACCACCCAUGCCGGUUCCUUCAAGUGCCGAUUCCACCGAGGCUCCGGCAUGAUUCGUGGAGGAUCCAUCGGAUCCAAUCUCUCCGAGUUGGAUGGUAAAUCACGUGCUAUUAGCGACCUGGUUUAG